UUGAAAUGUCAAAAUUAUAACCAAAAACGAAAACGUAACAAAAACCUAAAAUAUAUUGGAAAAUCAAAAUUUACAGUGUAACAAAGAAAUCAAGAUCAAAAUAACAAACGUAAUUCCAGACACAAUGAUUUAUGGAAGACCUUAACAAAUCCAGUUGGUUCUCGACUUCCUUCCGAUGUAUGGACUUCGGUGACAUCGUCAGUAUAAUGACAACCAUUAUACAAGACGAUGGACCAAUGCCCAUGCGGGAUAGGAAACCGACAGAGAGAAUAAAAAAUGCUGCCGACAAAUUCAAGGAAUCCCAUCAACCGGAUUAUGAAGACAGGUUCAUGAAGAAUGCCGAUGGAAUCGAACGAGUGCAUAAUCAUAAUACUGCCUACCCCAAACUUAGAGACGAGUUGGACAGACGACGGUCCCUCACCAAGAACCGGGUUAUGCAGAAUGGAAGGUAUUGUAUUUUGUGUGACACAGAUAUAACAAAGAACGGACUUAUUGGCAGACAUGACAGCUGGUGGCAGUGCCCAAUCUGCCAAAUAAGCGUGAUGGCACUCAUAAUAUGUUUAAUACUAGCGCUAGGGGUAAAGAAUUGAAACGGAAAAAAUCGAAAACUAAAAGAAAAUACGAAAGGAAACCGAAAAUAAAAAUCGAUAAAGUCAAAACAAAGACUAUAACAAAACCGAAAUGCAAUCAUAAAAAAGGUAACGUUCGAAAUUUGAAAUGCGUCUGUCAGUUGAUAAAGGCGCGGAAUAAGAAGGAUGUGGAAAAUUCUAGACGUCAGAAGAAAGAUUUGAAGAAAAAGUAUCAGAGUUUAGAUAUGGAUUUGGAUAUUGAACAAAAUAUGUUUUUGAAAAACGAUAAAAAAACAGAUUCUAAAGAGGAUUUGGGAUACAAAGAUCCUGAUACCAGCGAUCCAUCGAUUAGUACGUUUGCGAGUUUUCCAUCGACAAAUCACGAACCACAGAUAUAAAAUACCAGAGAUAAUUUCUUAUUUCUUUUAAUAACGAAUUCUACAGUACAUGUUAUUGUGCAUUUUUGACUAUUUUGAUGUUUAAAAAUUAAAGAUUACGUUUUUAUUAA